CUCACAGGACACUGGGUACCCGACACAGAGCAGCUGCCCUGAGCAGAUCACUCCUGGAGCUGAGAAUGUUCUGCAGAGGCAAGAGCCUGCUCUUCCUUCUUUCGGCAUGUGUGCUGCUAGUUCACUUCUGUAGCCAGUCAGAAGCAGCAAGCAACUUUGACUGCUGCCUUCGGUACACAAAGACCACUAUCCCACCCAGAGCCAUUGUGGGUUUCACAGAACAGCUGGCCGAUGAAGCUUGUGACAUUGAUGCUAUCAUUUUUCACACAAAAAGGAAGUUAUCCGUGUGUGCUGAUCCAAAGAAGGACUGGGUGAAAAGGGCCUUGCGUCACCUCAGCCAAAGAUUUAAGAAGAUGUAAAAAUCGGAUGCUUUUCUGGAAUGGAAUUGGACAUAGCCCAAAGACAAAAUGCUCACAAGCUGGGGUUGGAGGCUUCACCUGCAUGUCAUUGCACAGACCUGAUUUGUGUCUCACUGGAUUUGUCCAAUGGAUGAAGUUGAUUCAUAUUGCAUCACAGUGUAUCUUGUUUAAGCUCAUGUUAGAGUUAAGUUGUAUUUUAUGUUAUUUAUGGAUCUGGAUUUUCUAUGUUUAGCUAUUUAAUGUUAAUUUCCCACAAGCAAUGGUAGGGCUUAGUGUAAGGUAUAAUAUUAUGUUUAAGGAAAAAGACUAUGAGGAUCUUCUUGUAGCCAAUAAGCUAUUGUAAUUUUUAUUUAAUUUUUUUCUGUGUAUUUAAUUCUCUCUUAAAUGGAUGCAAUUACCUUAUAAAGGAGGAAAGAAUUAUAAAUAUAUUGAAAAUAAAAAGACUGAAAGGUUA